AACAAUCGAGGAAGACAAAAGUAUGGCGGCUACAAAAAAAUGAACGGAGUGCCCCAUACCGUUACCUUGGUAACGUUAUGGAUUGGACUUGGCGUGAUUCAGAUUCACUUAUUAUACUUUCAUGUAUCGUUUCCGUGUUUACUGUGCUAGCAACCACAUACUACUUCUACAGGAGAGGUGCAGCUGCCAAUCAUGCGAAGCACCGGACGGCCGAUGAUUCCGAAAUCGAUGAAAUCGAGGAGGAUAAGCUGAUAAAAGAGCAACUGCUCAGACAAGAGGUGAAACGGCUUAUCAGUGCGGGUGCGGCUAAGGAUGCAGAAAGUAUCAUAUCAGCAAACAUGACUGAAGAGCAACGAAAACAAGAAAUUAACGCCCAAAGACAACAACUUGAAGAGAUCUUCAAAGUAAUGAAAGAACAUCAGGACAAGUUUGGUGACACGUCCCUCAACGAAGUCGUUGACCAAAUGAAGCUCUACAGAUGAUGCCAAGGCCUCCGGUUCAACCUAGCACACAAUCCUACAAACAUAUUGUAUGCAACCGUACGCACCUCCGUUAAGGCUAAAACACCAAAGUGCACAAUAAAAUAUCUGGGCUUUGUA